CGCAUCGCGAACAAUGGCCCUCUCGACCCCCGCUUAACUCCCCAUCCACACCCCGUCGUUUUCUCUACAUGAUCCUAUUUCCUAACCGCGCGCAAUCUUCCUCAUAAUGGCCGACUACUCCAAAUGGAAGGUGACCGAUUUGAAGGCCGAGCUGAAGCGGCGCGGCAUUCCGCAGACCGGCCUCCGAGUGAAACAGAACUUCAUUGACAAAUUGCUGGAGGAGGAUGCAAAAGGCGACAGUGAGGCCGUGAGCGAGGAGCCUGCCACCACACAGGAGACACCCCAGGAGGACGUGCAACCGGCCGCACCUGAGCAAGAAGCACCGGAGCCGGCGACAGACGACGCGGUCGAGUCCCAAGAUCAGAAGCCUGAAGAAUCCCCGCAGGAACAGGAACCACAACAGAGGGAGGAGCCCGUCCAGAACGGCGAAGCACCAGUGGAGGAGAAAGCGCCCGAAGAAACCCCAGCUGCCGACCAAACCGCCGAGCAGUCGCCACAAGCUCCCCGAGAACAGGAUGAAAAUGAGGCUUCGGCGCAACCGGUUGAGCAGGCUCCCGGGAGCACAGAGGCCCAGCAGCCAGCCGCAGAGGAGGAAUCCCAGCCAUCCAAGGCUACCGAAGAAGUCGCGUCAGCUGUCCCUCAGAUCUCCGAGGCGAACACGGGAUUGUCAACACCUCUAGCCCCCGAGGAGGUUCUCGAGGACCGUCGCAAGCGCAAACGCCGCAGCCAGAGUCCCAUCCCUACGCCCGAAGCGCUUGCGCAUAAGAAGGCGAAGGCGGAAAAUGAAGAACCUAAGGUUGCUUUACCGGAAGACAAAGACGCGAUGGAUGUGGACGGAGACGCCCAGCAGGACCAAGGUGUUCCGGAACCACAAGAGGCAGCCGAGAGUCGUGCCGACACAGAACCCGAGCACAAAACCUCGCCAGCCCAGGAUGAAGCCCAAGAAGACAAAUCCAACGAGCCAGUUCCCGAGACUACACCUACCAAGAAAGAUGGCCCGGCAAAGCAAGAUGUUCGAUUCAAGGGCCUGUUCACCGCUCCGGAGCCCGAACCACGUCCCGCAUCGCCUGCCCCGGAGGAUGCAAUGGAAGACGAAACGGUCGAGCCAGCGAAGCAUGCGGCCACUUCAGCGCUCUAUGUGGACGGCCUCAUGCGCCCCCUGCAGCCGAACGCCCUCAAGAGCCACCUACUCACCUUGGCCUCCCCUCCCGGGGGCUCUCAGGAUUCCGACGUGAUCACGGAUUUCUAUCUCGACUCGAUCAAAACGCACUGCUUCGUGAGCUUUGUAAAUGUCUCCGCCGCAUCUCGCGUGCGCGCGGCACUCCAUAACACCGUUUGGCCCAACGAACGCAACCGCAAGACCCUGUUUGUGGAUUUUAUCCCCGAAAACAAGCUACAGGAAUGGGUCGACCUGGAAGAAGGAUCGCGACGACGCGGCGGUCCUCCCCCUCGCUGGGAAGUGAAGUAUGACCGAACGGAUGACGGUGUCAAGGCCGUCCUGGAAGAAAUUGAUCCCCGAAGUGCCACAUCUCAACCCUCACGGGGUCGGGAGCAGGCCGAAUUCUCUCGCCCUCCACCCUUGGGGCCUCGAGCGGAAAUGGGCGAACCCAGCCGACGUCCGAGUGGCCACAGCGAAGCCGACAGCAAGCCUCGGCCUGGACAAGGCUUCAAGCCUCUGGAUGACCUUUUCAUGUCUACCACCACCAAGCCCAAGCUCUACUAUCUCCCCGUUCCUCGGUCGGUUGCCGACCGUCGUCUGGACCGGUUCGACGAUCUUCUGCGCAAGGGAUCAUUUCCGCGUCGCGGAGGGGACGAGCCUCGACGCAUCACCUUCGAAGAUGAAGACUUGUUCGUUGAUCACGGGCCAGACUUCAAUCCUCGCGGUGGUCGCGGCGGUCGGGGCGGUCGCGGACGGGGACGUGGUCGAGGUGGAUUUGGCGAUUCAUGGCGAGACGAUCGACGAGGCCGGAACUAUUGAUAUCUUGUAUCUUUAUUAUGUAUUUUGUACUUUUCUUUUUCUUUUAUUUUUUAAAAUCUAUCGAGUGUCCCAUGGACCCACUAGGGUUGAAGGGAAAUCGUCGGUCGGGCAUAAGUCCUUUGAUUGAUCUACGGGGGCGAAUUGGGUGCAUGCGAGGAUCGGACCGGAAUCUGUUGGGAAAAGCAAUCGACCGGAUUUCAUCGAGGGAAUUGUAUCUACGGUAGAAGGUGGAUGUGUACUUAUACAACUGGAGUUAUGUGCAAUGGGACGUUGAUC